CAUUAAUUCAUUUAAACAUUAUCUUAGAUAAACAACAGAAGUGUAGUAGUGGAACAAUGGAGAACCUGCUUCUUCGUGCACCUUCAACUUUAACUUCAACUCUUCCUCCCACAUUUCAAAUUCAAAACUCUUUCUUCGCCGUUGGAUUCACCACCCCAACCACUUUCCUACGUAACCGAACGGAAUCAACGUCACAUCUCUGUUGCCGAACCAAAUACUCUCCCUCCAAAGCAUUCCCAACCAAACAAGAGCUUUUUCUUCUUCAACAAAAAGUACAAGAAGAUGAUGAAGAAAUAGAUGAUGACAGUUCAUUCUUAUCCCUCAGCAUGAAGCCUGACCGGAAUUUGGGCUUGCUCGAUGAUUAUGAAACUGAAGAACUCGGUUAUGAUUGUGAUCCUAACCACAAAAGCGGAUACGUGGCUUUACUUGGUAAACCAAAUGUUGGGAAGAGUACAUUGGCAAACCAAAUGGUUGGCCAAAAGUUGUCAAUAGUUACAGAUAAGCCUCAAACAACAAGGCAUCGAGUUCUCUGUAUAUGUUCUGGCUCAGAUUAUCAGAUGGUACUUUAUGAUACUCCCGGUGUUCUACAAGAACAAAGGCACAAGUUAGACUCAAUGAUGAUGCAAAAUGUUCGCAGCGCUACAGUUAAUGCUGAUUGUGUGUUGGUUCUCGUAGAUGCAUGUAAAGCGCCUGAAAAAAUUGAUGAAGUGUUGGAAGAAGCCAUAGGAGGACACAAAGAGAAACCCCCCACUCUAUUGAUAAUGAACAAGAAGGAUCUUAUCAAACCUGGUGAAGUUGCAAAGAAACUUGAGUGGUAUACAAAAUUUACUGAUGUUGAUGAGGUUAUUCCAGUUAGUGCUAAGUAUGGCCAUGGGGUUGAAGAUGUCAAGAACUGGAUACUAUCAAAGCUUCCUAACGGACCAGCUUAUUUUCCAAAGGAUAUUGUGAGUGAACAUCCAGAAAGAUUUUUUGUAGCUGAAAUUGUUAGAGAGAAGAUAUUUUUGCAAUAUCGAAAUGAAAUCCCCUAUGUGUGUCAGGUGAAUGUUAUAAGCUAUAAGGCUCGACCAAAUGCUAAAGAUUUUAUACAAGUGGAGAUUUUGGUUGAGAGAAACUCGCAGAAAAUUAUCAUUAUUGGAAAAGAAGGAAAAACUUUAAAACUGCUUGCAACAGCUGCACGUCUUGACGUUGAAGAUUUUCUACAGAAGAAAGUUUUUCUAGAGAUUAAAGUAAAGAUUAAAGAAAAUUGGCGACAAGACGAAGGAUUUCUUAAGCACUCUGGUUAUGGAGGUCAAAUAGGUAUUGUAUGAUGAGCACGGGUGAGAGAAAUUCGCCAGACUUGUAUCAUAUUAUGUAUGUGCAAUGAUCAAUUUUGUUAAGCAAAUCUUGUUAAUGCUCUACAACAAGGGUGAAGAUUGUAUUCGAACACCAAACUGUCUCGAGUAUGGGUUGAUAUCACAUUAUGAUUCAAAAUGUUCGAACAAGUUUAUAAAUCUUUUCACAUAUAGUGGUGGUUAUGGAUUCAUUUGAUAGCUAGACAUUUGUAAAAAUUCUAUUUUGAAUGAAUCAAAAUAAAAUGCUUUAGCUCUACA